UCUCUCUCUCUCUCACAAAAUGGGUUGCUGUUGUGACGAAGAAGACGAUGACAUCCUCAAGCACCUAAAUCCCUCCAUUUCCACCCAAACCCUAACCCUAGAUCCAUGCUCGUCUUCGACCUCCUUCUCCGGCGAUUGCAGCGACGUCAUAUCUCCGAUGAACUCUCACUUCUCGGCCCUGACUUGCCGCGACACUCUCCGAGCCAUCUUCGAGAAGCUUCCGGUUCCCGACCUGGCUCGCGCCAGCUGCGUCUGCCGAGUCUGGAACUCGGUCGCCUCAGACAAGGAAAUCCUCUCCAGAGCCUUCAGAGCGCCAUGGAAAUUGAAGCGCGUCGUCGGAGAUCCCGUCUCCGGAAGCUUCUGGAGGGACAACGGUCUUGGGAAGUUCGCGAUUUCGCAUCGGAUCGUGCGCGGCGAUAGUGUCGCUAGUCUCGCCGUCAAGUACUCUGUUCAGGUUAUGGACAUAAAGCGAUUGAACAAUAUGAUGAGUGAGCACGGGAUAUACUCAAGGGAGAGAUUGUUGAUUCCCUUAAGUGAUCAAAAUGUUCUCAUAGGACGAACCUGCUACGUGGAGCUUGAUGCAUAUGCGAGAAGGGAAGUCGCAGUGUUGUACUUGGAUGGUGCCGGCCCUGACCGAAAGGCUGAGUCAGCGUCUUUGUUGCAGAGGACGACCUCCUUGCAAGCCAGGAAAAGGGUUAUUCAUUCCCUGAGGAGAAGCAUGCAAGUCGAUGACGGGACUGCUGAGUACUACUUGUCCAUUUCCAAUGGCGAUCCCCGAGCUGCAUUCUCAGAGUUCUCAGGGGAUCUUAGGUGGGAAAGGGAGGUGGGUUUGAGUUGAAGCUUUAUUGUGGGUGGAGGAAGGCCAGAUAAAGGGCGACCCAUUGCAACCUGAAAUUGAAAAUGAUUUCUUUGAAGCUGCCAAGUUUGUGAAUCCUCUAUACAAGGAUCACUAAUGUGAGUAUAUAUAAACUUGUUGUCCAUGGAAUGUAAUUGUUGUCUUAAUAUGCUUCUUUGCAAAUCGUUGUAAACAAAACCAAACUUGCAAUUUGUAAUCAAGAUAUCCUUUCAUUGAGUGGGAAGCACAAUCGUUUAUCUAAUCUAAUUAGUUCUUGGAGAAUGUUGGUCAUUGGUUUAUGAUUUUAUGCUUGGUAUUUGGAGUCUUUUCCGCAGGGCAGCAACGCUUGCGAUCUGGCCUUCCUCUGCGUGUCUUUUAAAUAUGUGUGAACAGUUCUAUUUCACCCAAUGUCAUCAUUUUCUUUAACAAAGCAAUAGCAGUCAGUAUAUAUGUAUAUAGACGAGUAUUCAAUGGUUAUGCUGAAGUGGAUUAUAUAAAUGGGGCAAAAAGUUAUCAUUUAUCGCAGGUUACAUUAUCUGCAUUGGUGUGGAACUUUAGAUUGGAAAAGGAGCCUCACAUCUAGCAAGAUGCCCAGCAAUAUGUGGUGAGAAUCUUGCUGCAAAACGAGCAGCAAAAUCCCCCAUAACCGCGCCAAACUAAUCACACGCAACUGCUCCCACUCUGAAAGAGUAUACAUUCAGUCUAACAGCGGCAUCAAUACAAGUUUAAACAUAUGUGAAGAACAAUGUUAAUAGGGUACGAUGGUGCCGACCACUUACAGGGGAAAGUCCCGUAAUUAAGAGAUCCAUAUGUUGGGUCCAUCUUCUAUUAGUACACCGGUAGUAACCUUAAGUAUUUUUCAUAGUUGGAGGGGGGAUCCAACCUCGGCUAAGUCAUAAUUAAGUUUGUAACUGCAGGAUAUUCUAGCUCAAUUAUGAACUGUUGAAAUGUCAGAGUAAAAUGUUGGCUACGUACUAUGAAGUUCUGAGGACUGCGACGUUUUGUGAACCAUCUCCUAUAAUCGUGCCCUUUAUUUCAU